AUGCUGGGUGUCGUCCUGCUCCUGCUCCUCAUGCCGUCGUCGGUAACGGCGACGGCGCAGCUCUGCGGCAACGACACGGCCAGCAGUACCUACCAGUCUAACCUUGCCAUCCUCGCCGACACUCUCCCAAGCAACGCCUUCUCCUCCUCGCGACUCUUCGCCACCGCAACCGCCGGCCAAGCCCCCGACGUGGUCUACGGGCUCGCGCUCUGCCGCGGCGACAUCAACGCCACCGCGUGUAGAGGCUGCAUCGCGGCAUCGUUCCAGACGUGCCCGACGAAUAUCCAGCGCGCGACCAUCUACUACGACGACUGCGUCCUAAGCUUCUCGAGCGAUGACUUCCUCACCCCACCCAAUAUCACCGAGAACGGCACGCUCGUCGAAUCUUGGAAGGGGGACAUCAUCUCUGGCGACGCUGGCAUCGUCACCGCCGCCAUCCACGACUUGCUGGCGGGGACGGUGGAUGACGCGGCUGCCACGGAGAGACGGUUCGCCACCGCGGUCAUGGACCCAAUUGGCCCCACCACCGAGAAGCUCUACUCCCUGGCACAGUGCACGCCGGACCUGUCCGCCGACGAUUGCCUGGCGUGCCUCCAGCGGAUCAUCGGCAUGGUCAACGCCACCACGUCGGUGCGCAAGGGAGGGCGGAUCCUCGUGCUGCGCUGCAACAUCAGGUUCGAGUCGUUUUGGUUCUACGAAGGCAAACCCAUGCGGCAGAUCGCUCCAUCUCCAUCUUCGACAGGCAAGAGGAAAGGAAUCGCACCGUGGAUAAUUGCCAUAUGUGUAGCUGCACUUGUUGGACUAGUUGCUUUCUACUUCAUUGUUUACUACCGCCGUCUCAGAAGAAACAGAAAAGGUAAACUGAGAUUACCAGAAAAGCCAACGCACACGUUGCAAGCAGGAGACGUGCUAGUUUGGGAAAUGGAAGCAGAGUUCCCUGAGUUUUUGGUCUUGGACUUUCAUCAGAUAUUGCAGGCUACAAAUAACUUUUCCGAAGAAAACAAACUUGGAGAAGGUGGAUUUGGUCCUGUAUAUAAGGGCCACUUUGCUGCGGAGAUGGAAAUAGCAGUUAAGAGACUUGCUUCUCAUUCAGUACAAGGUUUUGAGGAGUUUAAAAAUGAAGUUCAACUCAUAGCCAAACUUCAACACAGGAAUUUGGUUAGGCUGUUGGGAUGUUGCUCAGAAGGAGAUGAGAAAAUACUGGUAUAUGAAUACAUGCCAAACAAAAGCUUGGACUUCUUCAUCUUUGAUGAAAAUACAAAAGAUUUAUUGGAUUGGAAGAAACGUCUCGCAAUAAUUGAAGGAGUAGCCGAAGGACUUGUUUAUCUACAUAAGCACUCUCGGCUGCGUGUCAUACAUAGAGACCUUAAACCAAGCAACAUUCUAUUGGACAACGAAAUGAAUCCAAAAAUUUCUGAUUUCGGAAUAGCAAAAAUAUUCAGCUCAAAUGAUAGCGAAGAAAACACUACAAGAAGAGUGGUUGGUACACAUGGCUACAUGGCUCCAGAGUAUGCUUCUGAAGGGCUCUUCUCUAUCAAAUCUGAUGUAUUUAGCUUCGGUGUUCUGACUCUUGAGAUCCUUAGCGGGAAAAGAAAUUUCAGUGGCUGUCAAUGCAAAGAUUUUAUCAAUAUACUUGCAUAUGCUUGGCAUCGAUGGGAAGAAGGAAGAUGGAUCGAACUGAUUGAUGCAUCGUUGCUCCCGCAGUGUCACUCAGGUGAAAUGACGAGGUGCAUUAAUAUUGCACUAUUAUGCGUACAAGAGAGUGCAGUUGACCGACCAACAACAUUGGAUGUUGUUGCAAUGCUCAGUAACAAACAUAUGUUCCUACCUGAGCCUAAGCACCCAGCAUACUUAAAUUUAGUGGAAGGCAAUGAAGAACCAGUCACCAUUACUCAGUUUGACCAAAUUAGACCCACAACUACAAGAUAUUGA